AAUGAAAGUGAUUCAAAAUCCAACUCAGUAUUUCUUCGAAUAAUCUAAUAAUCCAUCUGAUGAAUAUUUAGAUAAGAUUAAUGUGUUUAUUGGAAAAUUGACUAAUCAAAAAUAAUGUCUUUUAUGCAAACAGGACUACAAUAUCAAAGAUAGAUUACCAAGAAUACUUAUUCAUUGCGGACAUACCAUAUGUACAUAAUGUUUAGGAAAUUUCUAUAGGUUAUUAUAAUUAAAUUAAUGAGUUUUAGAAAUAGAAGAGUAAGAUGUCCACUUUGUUUGAAAUUAGUAAAACAUCUUGAUUCAAUUGAAAGAUUACCUGUAUCAAAAUUUAAUUGAUAAUCUAGAUAAAUCACACUAUUUUUACAAAGAUGGCUGAAGAAAUUAAUAAAAAGAGCAGGUUACAUGGAGGAACUGAUAUAAUAGAUCCAUAAUAAUAUUUGUUUACCUAAUUUCAACAAUCAGCAGUCUAAGCAUAGAAAAUAAGACAAUAACAAUAAAAUUAAUAUCCUUAAAUUGACCCUGAUUCAGGAUUAGAAUUUUGUGAAUUUCAUAAUGACAGAGUGAAACAUUUCUUUUGCAUGAAACAUAAAGUUACUUGUUGCAGAGUAUGUUCUGACAUGAUUCAUUAAAAGAAGGUAAUUCACAAUCUAAUCUGAAAGGAUUGUAUUGUCGUUGAUCUUUAUGAAAUUGAGGAUGUUCCAGCAUUCUUAAAUGAAGCCUACAAAUUGAAUCAAGAAAAUAAUUGUUAAAAUUAAAAUAUUGAAUUCUUACCAGGUAUAAAAAUUUUUUAAAUAGAUGAUGACAAUAAUUUUAAUGAUUAUGAUUUAGAUGGAGAAUUAACUCAAAAUGAAAGUCUAAAAAGCUUAUGAUU